UUAAUAAUAAUAAUAAUAAUAAUAAUAGUGUAAGUUAAAAGAUUUUGACCGGUACAAUCUUGUAGAAACCAGUGUAGUUUUAAAAUCCAGUAAAAACAUACAAAUCUGACACUAAUUGCUAAGUAAACCAGUUGCUGCUUUGUUCUUCAAUACACUUCAUUUUUACACUGUAAUGGGCCAUGCAAAAAGCAGCAUAGAAAAAUGAAUUUUUUGCCGUAAAAUGUGCAAACUCAGUGCGGUGGAUUCCAGACCUUUUGUUCACGUCCCUUCUAAAACCUAACAUUUGGCCAGACCCUCUUACCUCAUAACAACAUUACAGUCACAUGCCGUCACUAUUUCAGCCAUGUAGUCAUAGUUCCAAGAAUAUCUAGGACAGCUAACAACUGUUCAUUCCCAAAUGCCACGCUAAUUAAACUGGGCUUUCAGGUCUAUGUAAGAGAGAAAAUAGACAUUCUUGGCCAAAUUAUCCCAAUGGGCCUUUAUUCUGACCCCCAGCCCCAGUAAGGGCAGUUUUAAAAAAGUAAUAUUGAUUUGACAAUUUUUAUUUUAAUGUAUUAUUUAUUUAUGUAUAAUUUUUAAGUGCAAGAUGUGCUUUAUGAGAAGCUGGAAAGGCAUAAGUAUAUUGUGUAGUGUUAUUUUAAUUGAUUCCAUAAUCAAUAAAUAUCUCUUCUGGUGUAUUUACAAAUCUUUAUUGAAUUUUUCUGACAUUUGAAGGGAGCGGCAUCUUGUUUUUAUUUUUUUAUUUUUACUGAAGGGUGGAGGGUGCACAUUGCAUCCUUUCUGAUGUUUCAUAACAUUCUGCAGCCUCUGGCUGCCCCAGUCAUGUGUGUCUAUCUGUUUUCUAGGAGGGGCUGAGGAGAUGCCUUUAAGGACUAUGCCGAGAAAAGAUGCAUUCUUUGUUUUGUCCCAGGCAGAACCAUCACAGUGCAUCUAGCUGAACAGAGAAGAUACAGACUGGAAUGACAGAGUGGACAGAGGCAGCAAGGCUAAGGGUUUUUCACCUAAGAGUACCACACAGCAUCCCACCCAUAAGCUUCUUCAGUUGUUGUAUUCUGAACUGCAGCCAGGGACAAAUAUUUAGAGCCAAAGAAGAGAAACACAGUAUACUGGUAUGUCCAAAUCAUUCUUGGAAACCGCCCAAAUCUCCAGAAGUCACUCAGGGAACAGAACUAUAAAAACUUUUUCCAGCCUGGAGAACAAAGUCGCUGGAAGGAGAUUUAAAAAAAAUUAUAGCCACAAUACAACAUCAGAUUUGCAGAUUUGAGAUACCUGUACUCUUUGCUUCCAAAUGUGUGAACGUCUAGGGCAGAGGAAGGACAGACGGUGUGCGUACUUCAAAGCAUAGACAAGGUGAUCCAAACUACAAGGUAACAAAUCAUCAUAGGUUUAGCUGCUGCUCCAGCUAUAUUUAUGCUCACUUUUCUGUAUCACUAUGGAAUAAGCCCAUUGUCCCCAAACUCAUUCUGAAUCUCAUAGUAGUAGAUAAAAAUAAAAGAUCAGCUCAUCUCUUUUGCCAAUCUCCUUUGUUUUACUUCUUUAAUUUAUACUCCUGAUAGAUGUUUUGCACUGUUUUUAAUGUGUGCUGAUAAUCUAAGGAUUACUGUAUUUGCACUGCAAGUAAGAGGGAAUGGGUAGCACGUUAUUUAUCUAUGUGCUUGACAAAAUACAGAUAGAAGGCACUCCGGAUAAAAAAAGGAGGUUUAUUGCAACAGGUCAAGGACCAACAUCACCUGACGCAUUUCAGGCACGGUGAUCAACAGUGGGAACACUGGUGGCAGAGCACCCGUGAUAACAAAUGGAGCUUUAUUAAGGAGUCCACACGUAGGAGACACGGCUCAUCAUGCCUACACUGAGAAUGCUUCAUUCAACAGUCAAUUCCACCAAUGCCACCAUCAAUAUUGGGACUGAGCUUAAGCCAACCAACACAUCCAAUAUUGCUAUGGACAUUCCAGAAGAGCUCUUUCUGAUUCUGUGUGUGUUUAGUUUGCUAGAGAACAUACUUGUGGUCAUUGCCAUUUUCAAGAACCACAACCUGCACUCUCCCAUGUAUUAUUUCAUCUGUUCCCUUUCAGCAUCUGAUAUGCUUGUUAGUUCUAGCAAUUUAGGUGAGACCCUCAUCAUUGUUAUGCUAAAGAAAGGGAUUAUAACAUUAGAGCCAAUGCUUAUCAUAAAGAUGGAUUACAUUUUUGACACGAUGAUCUGCUGCUCUUUAGUAACCUCUCUCUCCUUUCUUGGGGCGAUUGCAAUUGAUCGUUACAUCACCAUCUUCUACGCCCUGCGCUAUCACAGCAUUAUGACUCUGCGCAGAGUAGUUAUUGCCAUAGCUGUGAUCUGGUCGGUCAGUUUAGUUUGUGCUCCCAUCUUCAUUGUCUAUCAUGAGAGUGGUGCUGUCAUCUUAUGUCUAAUUGUCUUUUUCCUCUUCAUGUUGGCCUUGAUGGUGGCCUUAUAUAUCCACAUGUUUGCUCUGGCACGCCAGCAUGCACGUAGCAUUUCUGCCCUGCAGAAAGGGAAGAGAAGAAGGAUCACUCCACAUCAAGCUAGGGCAAACAUGAAAGGAGCCAUAACACUAACAUUGUUGCUUGGCAUCUUCUUUCUCUGCUGGGGGCCCCUAUUCCUCCACCUUACUUUGUUUGUGUCCUGCCCCAAUAAUCAUAUUUGCAACAGCUAUUUUUACUAUUUCAACAUCUACCUCCUUCUCGUCAUCUGCAAUUCUGUUAUUGACCCUUUAAUCUAUGCCUUCAGGAGUCAGGAGCUACGGAAGACCCUUAAGGAAAUAAUUUGGUGCUCUUGGUGACAACUCAGAUUGGGGGGUGCUGCCAGAGAACUAAAGGCAGCUGAGGUUUAAUGAGAACACUUUUCUUCAUCUCCACUCCCCAUAACUAUUUCAUUUCAUGACACACUUUCGUGACACAUACGCUAUUUGUGCUUAAUAAAGCAUAUCCGAGGAAAUGUUACGUUUAGACAAAAAAAAAACCUCCAUAAUGCUUAUGGAGUUAUUGCUUCUACAGAAUGUUUACACAGAUGUGUAACAGAGCAAAAUGUACCUUAUCUGAUAACAGGAGAAUACUUGUAAUACCAUCAACAUAGUCUGAGCAGCAAGAUGUUGUACCAUAUUAUGCAGGUACGACAUUGCAGGGAAGACUCAUACUUGAGUGAUAAAAGGGACAUUAUAUUCACUUAAUAACAAACAGGAGCAUAGAGAUGGAUUCCUGCAUAUGACGGCUUUGAUAGUAACUCUUGUAAUAAUGAUGAGCAAUGAAGCACUAUAGUCAUUCAGAACGGAAAUCAAUUAACAGAUGUAUUUGUGUGUUUGGUGGAUAAAAGAUGGCGUUUCCCUCUCUUCGCGGAGAUGUCACACUUCCUUAAAGCAUUUACUGGAAUCUCCAUUUUCUGCAUUCCACUGAAUGUUGUAUAAGUGUUCGGCUAUCAUGUGCUUUGUUAUAUAAAUGAAUAGCUCUGCAUCACCAACCGCUUAUGCAACAAGAAAGAGAUCUUGUCCCCAGGACGCAUGGAUACAGCAACUGUCCUCAAGACAUUCCAAAAAGUACAUUUUCCAAGAACUACAUUUUCCUGCUUCUCCUAAAGGGAAAUUACUACUUUUAAUAAUUCUGCUAUGAUGCUUUAUAUGGACAUCACAGGGAGAAGUAUUUUUGAGUAUAGAAAAAUGGACAGCACAUUGCACUAAACACAGCAUUCUAUGUUGCCAUGACCCUUUUGGUUUAGGGGCUUAAAUUUAUUUGCUGGUUUAGCCAUCUUCAAAAUGCCAAGGCAUAUUUUAUUGCCCCUAAAUCUUUCCCAUUUCUUUAGGGAUUUUAGUCCAUUAAAGUCUAAAUUAUUUUAUGUCUCCUUUUAAAGAAUGGCUAAACUAAUUUUUACCCAGCAGAGAAAUCUGUGUUUAAUAUUUCUACGCUUGCAUUGAAUAUAAACUGUUUAUUAACCCUCAUUGUGCCUAGUCCACAAUGAAAGGGUUCAUGGAUAAUUACUAAUAUGCAUCACAUCAUGUGACAGGGCCUGUGAAAGUUCAAAGUUUGUAUCUUCUUGUGCACACAAGUGAUCAAAUUCUGUACAUCUAGAACACGUUAUAACAAACACCACAUUGUGUGUGUGUGUGUGUGUGUUAAAUUAAAUGUUCUGAAAAUAUAUAUAAAAUUCUAGCAGAUAAACUUUGCCAAUAUAAAUUCUGA